CCUAACUCAUUUUCUCCCUCACCCCUCUCUCCUCUCUCGACGGCGGCGUAGGCGAGUGGAGUUGAACCCGCCUCAAAGAAAAAAACACAGCUGAAACCCAGGAGAGAUCGAGUAGACAUGGAUCGUCGGGGUCAUCCCUCUUUGCUAUCCAAACUCGGAUUGAGUGUGCUGACAUGCAACUCCGCUCUCGCCGUCUAUCAAUCGCACAACGACCCUGCCUCGGUGGCGUUCGUCAUCGCCAGCUAUGGCGCGAUGGCCCUCCUCUUCCUCGUGCUGCGGAAGCUAGAGACUAGCAGUGCAGAUCGGGAGGGUAGGCGCAAGAUACUUGCUGCCGUUUGGGCUCUCACCACGCUGCUCACGGCGAUGUUCGCGUCGAAGGUUGCUCCGCUCAUGCCGCAGUUCGUUGCUGUCCAGGUUUGGCUGAUGGCGGCUGCGACCGCCGUCGGGGGGUUCUUGGCCUUCUUCGCGAAUCUCUGAAGAUUCAGUAUGAAGGAAGGCACAAGGCUUCCGAUCCCCUUCGGAUGUCCAGUUGACCAGAACAUGAUUUGAGUUUUUUUUUGCCAUCCUUGUUUAGAUUUUGUUUAGGAGUGGCUUGUAACAUGAUAUCUUGAGAUAAUCCGAUCCAAAGAUUAAUUUCGCGUCAAAAGUGUUCCCUCCUCUUUGAAUCUGAAAUUUUUCUUUUUUGGGAAUUUUCGGAGCUAUUUUUUGGAUGUUUCGUUCUUCUCAUCUGGCUGUGAUUUAGGUCGGAUUUCUUGAGGGGUUUCAGUGGCCUAGGACGUGUGAGCAAGCCUAUGGUGAUAAAUUCCGUCCUCCAAAAUUUCCCUAUCAAAUCUCUCACUUGAGCACAGCGUGUUUGAAGGUUUUCUCAAAUUGUUCUUUCCCUAGGUUGAACUCCAAAUUUCAGAAAUUAGUGAUAAAUUCUCGAUAUUUUUUUAUUUUUUCCGGUUGGAUCGGAAUGGAUUGCCCAUGAUCUAGUGAGACCGUGUUUCAGUUCUUGUGUAAAUCGGAGUUGAUUCGAUCGAGUUCUUGAAUUUGGGAGGGAGGUUGGAGCUGCCGUCCCUCAUGUUCUGUCUCGGAAAGCGGUAAGCUGCGGUGGAAUUUCUUCUGGUUUGGGUCUCAACAAGGCAACCAGCUUAUGGUCCGGUGUUAGAUCUCGUCAUCUCGCCAUCUCGGUUUCCUCUUGCGGUGCCCAGUCUUGUUGCUCUGCUCCGCAUCUCAGAUUCUCAGUUUGACGACGGCCGCUAGCUUUCAGGUUUCAGUGCAGUAGGAGCAGCUCGGCAGCAUGCCGCUUGUUCUGCUGGAAGGUCAACGUCGACAGCCGCAGCUCGCCAUCCGCACCUCAAGCAGCUCCUGUGGCCGCAGUUUUUUUUUGAAAUAAACCUGUGGCCACAGUAGCACUGCAGAGAUUGAUCGAGCUCGCACAUGUACGCAGAGCAGCACAGUGAUGAGCAGAGCAGCAGCAGCAGCUCAUUCUCAUUGGUGGCCUGCAGGCCAGCCGCGCAGCACGGCUGUGAUGCCGCGGGCCGGGGCAUGCCACGGAGGACGGCUAAGAGUUUGGAUGGAAUGGGGCAUCAACAAGUUAUCGCUCAAGGAGAAAAAAAAAUACUUACUUUGCUAAUGUCAGUUUGCGAUGCCUUGGCAUGCAAGGCUUUUGAAUUUGCUUGUUCAAAACAAGUUUUGUUUGCUUCUUCAAACAAACUCAUCAUGCUGCUGGCUGCGCCUGCGGCCCAGGAAGCUUGCACUGACACGCUUCUUCACGAGUCAACGAGCUACGAGGUUCCAUUCGGACACGCUAGCAUACGCGGAGAAAAGAUCUCUCGCUCGCUUGUUAACCGGGCGAAGGAAAACAGCAUAGUCGGUCUCCCUUCGUAUCUUCGAGUGCAAGUAGCUUGCAAUUUGCUUGCCUAUAUAAACAUGACACCCUAGAUGUUCAUCGUCGUCUCCACUCUGUCUCUCGUCGACUCGUCCACAUCAAGUUCGAUUCGGCAGGCGAUCAAUCGAUCGAAAAUCAUCAACGGCAAGGUACAAAAACUCGCUAAGGACUUGCGAUAUGGAACGAGAACGACGAGGAGGCGCCGACGACUAUGGCGCGGCGGUUCUCGUCCGCACGGGGCUGGUCGCCCUAACCCUCACGUCCGCCGUGUCCGCCUACAGAGCCGCGGCGGCGGGGGACGCCGGCACGACGGCGUUCGUGGCCGCCAGCUACAGCACGCUGCUGCUGCUCUUCCGCCGCCUCCGGGCGUACGAGCGCCUGCCGCUGCCCGGAGGGGACGCCGGCGGCGAGCGAAGGGCGCGGCUGAGACGCGAGGUCUGGGCGCUGUCCACGCUGCUCACCGUGAUGUUCGCGUGGAAGGUGGCCGCGGCGAUGCCGUCCUGGCCCGCCGCCGCGGCCGUGUGGGCCAUGGCGGUCCUCACCGUGGCCGGUGGCUUCGUCGCCUUGUUCCAUCACCGCCCGUGACGCCAGUAGCGGAGCUUGAGCAAAAUCUCAGGGGGGCAGACUGCCAGAGUUAAGUAAGUUAAGUACUUAAAGUAUUUAGUAGAGAUAUUGUACGGCAACUUGUCCACAUUUUAGUUACAAUAAUACAAUAUAGCAUGGAUGUCAAGGAUGCACUAAUCUAUAAGGCUAUAUACAUAUAUAUGCUUCAAACAAAAGGAAGUUAUACCAAAAUACGACACUAUAGCAACAUGAAAUUUCCUACUACAGAUCGGCCCGUCGACUCUUUUUGCUUCUUGAAUUCUGAAAUAAUGUCAUCAUAGCUCCACUUGUCAGCAAGCUCCCCCUCUAUGUUCACUAGCAAACUAUUGGCAAGAAAUUCAUCUUCCAUCUUGUUACGCAACCUUGUCUUAGUGAUUUUCAGAAUAGAAAAUGCUCGCUCUGCACUAGCAGUUAAAAUAGGAAGAGUAACAAGCAAACAAACUAAUUUAUCAAUCAGAUUAUAUAUAGUAUGGCGUUUGGUCUCGACAAGGCAUUGACAAAGCUCAGUUAAGGUUGCAACACAUUUCAAUUCUUUGCUGCUAGUAGCCACUUAAGGCCCAUCGGUGCUCAGGGAGGGCCAGUAUUGGACUGGUGGAUCAGAUUAGCUGGUAAAAUUAGAUGGUCAUAAGAGAAUUUUAGGAAUCCAGUAGGGGCCAUGGCCCCCGUUGGCCCUGCUUAUCCUCCGCCAGUGCGUGGCGGAACAUCACUCCCUGGGGUUUUGUAGUGUAUAUAUAUAUUUUUUGUUGAAUAUAUGUACAGUUUGAUUACAAUUGAACUUGAGUUGUAAUUUAGUAGGUUAGAGAUGGAGUUUGAGUCGUACUUUGUAUCCCUAUAGCUCAUAAAUAUGAGGGCACUAUCGUGUAACCGUGAGACGACUUGGCGGCGGCAUUGCCGCGGAGGUGCCCGGAUGCCGGUGUAGCUGCUGUUUAUGGGGAGGAGCGCUCGUAAUCACGCCCCGAGGAUGUAGGCACAUUGCCGAACUUCGUUAAAAAAUAUCGUGUCUUGGUGUCGUUCUCGUUUGUCUGAUCUUAUGAUUUGGUUCUGCAUUUUUGAAUUAUUGCUUCCGCGCUAUCAUUCUAACAUUUCUCUCCUGCAUGCUAUUAUUUGGUGGUUCUGAAUUCCGUCGAGGUAUGUAUAUAUCGCUACUAUUAUUAAUCAAUACUUGCAGUGUAAUUCUUGGAGUUUAUAUUUUUCUCACCGCGGUUUCUGUCUGGAGUUGGAGCACAAGAAUUUCACAGGGAUUUAUAUUGGUCUACAACAACUAAGCGAGGUUGAUUAUCGAGGAGGUAUGCUACAACUGACCUGGAACUAACGGGAAGAAUGAAGUCACUCGUCAUGGCGUCUUAGUUUUGCUUUGGAGGUCAUGCAUCAUCGUCGCUCAAAACUUAUACUACGUACGUACUACAGAAUGAAGUGAUUAUGUUGGACGGCUGCAGACAUCAGAUAAUGGUUACUAUGCAUUGUUCAUUUAAUUUGGUUGAAAGAAAAACUGUCAUUUGUACUUGCAACCUCGUCUUGAUGAGUGAAACAUUCGUAUGUUGAAUGUUGUACCUGCUGUUUCGUUGUCAUGAACACAUUAUGUUGUAUUUAUAAUCUUAUAAGAGAUGUGGAAUAUCAAAUAUCACUGGUCUAUUAA